AUGUUCGAUUCAGUAGACACUAGUAACCCUGGUUCAGAGUCUAAUUCGAUUUUUCCUCCGAAGAUCCAAAUCCCAAGCUUCGAGAAAUUCAGGGGGACCGAGCGCCCAUUUGCUCAUUUAGGAAUGUAUCUCCAAAAGAUGGUUGCGCAUGCUGACAAUGAUGAUAUGGUCUUCUAUUAUUUCCGAGAUAACUUCACUGGGGUGGCUCUAGCAUGGUAUAACAGAGUAAAAGUUCACACUUGGGAGAAUUUGACCCGCGCUUUUGUUGCUCAAUAUAGUCAUGAUGCAACUUUAACUACAAAGAGCAUGGAGGAGAGGACGAGCAAGUACUCUCAUCAAAGGAAAGAAACGAUAGCACGAGAUCACCCUCUGACUGAAAAUGGGAAGGCAGUUCAUCCAUGUGAUGACCCUUUCAAAAGGACAUGUGUUGUCUGUUUCCCCAAAGGCACCCCUCGGAAUGGUCCCGAUUGGGCAGUCACCGAAGGAAGAAUUAAAAGGGCAAUCAAUACUGGGCAGGCAAGAUACAUCGAGUUGGAACAAAGCCCUCCAAGAAAGGAUGGAAGAAAGAAGGGCAAAGAAGCCCAGAUAAUCCAAGGAAGGCAUUGUCAGAGGAGUUAG